GUCUGCCACCUGCUACAGCUCCGCCAGCUAUCCUGAUACAAAAGUCCCCGCCAGCUGGGGGGACGUCGACUUCUUUGGCGAGCUCCUCGGCUACAGCUACACCGAUAUACACCGCGACUCCGGUCGCCAAGGUGCAAGCGGCUCCGCCCCCGCUAGUCGAGGAGACGCCGCCUCCGCAGGCACCGAGACCACCUACGCCAACGGCGGAGGAGCUAAGACAAGCGGAGCUGGAGACAGACAAGGCGAUCCAGGCUGGCUACGAGGACGCCCAGAGACGCGCUAUGGCUCAGCGAGAUGCUGAGAUGGCUAGGGCCAGGGCCCGCUAUGCUACAACGCAGCAACAAGGAAAUGUUGAGUACCAGAUAUACAGCGCUAACAUGGAUAAGGUCACGGCGCCGAAGGCCCCGCUACCUGCUAACAGAAAGCUACCUGAAUACGUCAUCGACCCUACGCGAGGGCCGGGGCUACCGAAUCGGGACCACAAUGCUCCCAUCACU